AAGUCUCCUAAUGUCGACGUUAUGCUAAAUGCGGGCCUUACUGUCGUAGUGCGUGUAGUAAGCUGAUUGCGGAGCAGUAGUUGUCAUUUCCCAUCAGGCUCCGCGUUAGCAGGAACGGUGGCUGUAGCCCCAUACUCGAAGAAGCUGUGUAAAGCGGCUGUUGUAGGGGAGGGAGUGGCAGUGUUGCCGGUAGAUAGUACGUUAAAUAAACGGGAUGACUGAGCCGACGGUGGCGGACACUCGCCGCCUGAACUCAAAACCGCAGGACUUAACAGAUGCUUAUGGGCCGCCUAGUAACUUCCUUGAGAUUGACGUGUUUAACCCGCAGACAGUUGGUGUUGGUCGUAGUCGUUACACAACUUACGAGGUCCGCAUGCGGACUAAUCUUCCAAUCUUCAAACUGAAGGAGUCUUGUGUCAGAAGAAGGUACAGUGACUUUGAAUGGUUAAAGAAUGAACUAGAAAGAGACAGUAAGAUUGUAGUGCCUCCACUCCCUGGGAAAGCAUUAAAAAGACAGCUACCGUUCCGAGGGGAUGAAGGUAUAUUUGAAGAUGCUUUCAUUGAGGAAAGAAGACAAGGAUUAGAACAAUUCAUUAACAAGAUUGCAGGGCAUCCACUGGCACAGAAUGAGCGCUGUCUACAUAUGUUCUUACAAGAAGAAACCAUCGAUAGGAAUUACAUACCGGGAAAAGUACGCCAAUAGAAAAGCCUGGCAAUACUACCACCUUCCUUCAUUCCACCCCUUUUCCUGCAUAAAUGACAUUUAUUUUUACACUAAACAUAUAUCUUAUCUAUAACCUACUUUCAUGCCUAGAUAUGUUUCAAGUCUACAACGAUCAAGCCUUUUAUAAGUUGCUGGCAGUAUUAAUUUUUUUUCUGUUUGACAUCAGUUGUGAAUACUGUGGGUUUUUCAGUUGCUAAAACCUUAAGUGGUGGGUUUUUGGAAGAUGGGUGUUUCUUUGCCUCAAAAUGGAGUCUGAAAACCAGAGCACAGAUGAGUAAAGUUUGUACUGUAGGAACUUUACAGAUUCAGCAUUGCAAGUGCAGUAAUCGAAAAUGCAAAACACUACCAUUUCAGUACACGCAAGUGCUACUGAUUUCCACGGUUUCUGAACAUGACUGAUUUUCUUGCCAUUUUCUGUUUAAAGGAUCCUCAGUUUCUUUACAAAUACAGUUGGAUUUGUUGUAACAGCACUUCUCAGAUAUGUUGAAUUUAACUUUUUUGAGGACACACCAAGACCCCUUAAUUGUACAUUUGCAAAGUACAUUGCAGUGCAGUACCAGAGCACGUUUUCUUGGCUACAGCUUAUAGAAGGGUAGUGGACAGCAUGAAUAUGGAUCUGAUACAGAAGCAGAGUUGCUCGUUGCAUGCAUAGUGCUAAAGGAAUUUGACUGUCAUGCUAGGUAAAGUCAAUCACUUAAAUAUGAACAUGUUUACAUGUCUUUGCAUCCCACUAAAAGGCAUAUAUAAUAGUGGUUCAGUGCACUUGCACUGUGAUGAGCUGAAAGCUUUUAACCUUUGUGUUUCUGCAUUUGAUGUGCCCAACACACAGGAAUGUGGGUGUGUUGUCUUUUGUUUGUUCAUAUUUAAUCGAAUGUGGUUGACAGCUUUGUUACUGGACAUUCCAAGAGAAAAUGGUACUAGUUGAAUUGAAACUUACAGGCCUGAAGAAAAUUUUUUUAGUCCAUUACUGUCAUUGGUCUUGUGUGAUUUAGUAGAAGUGAGAUGCAUUUCUUUAGUUUUGUCUUUGUGAAACUUUAUGUAUAAAGCUAUGGAAAGUACUAACUUUUUUACAGUAUAUCUCGUAUUUUGUCAAACAAGCAAUGCAUGCCUGUCUUAAGGGUAAAGUAUUCACCAGCUGCAGGAAUGCGACACAUCUUCAGUGAUUUGCACAUUAAAUUUCAGUUUAAAUCCAGUAGAUGUGGAUUUAAACCCAACAACAGAACAAAUACAGCAGCACCAUAACAUCUAGUUUGUAUUCACUUAUCCCAGACUUCUGUUUUCACAGUGUAACCCUUUUCAGGAGAGAAUUGGUAAUGUCCUUUCAUUUAUAUAAAAUUGUAACAGCCUGUCACAGUGACUGUGCAAGUGUACAUUAGCUUUUUUUUUUUUUUUUUUUUUUGUUUAAAAAAAAAAAAAGGUACAGUUUCAUAAAGCCUUUUUUUUACAAGGGCUGCCAUUGCAGCAAGUAUGCUUUCAGUUUAAUUGUGUUUUAAACAUUGGUGUUUACAGUUUGACAUCUUGACAAAAACUGUAGCCUCUGAAGUAAAAUAUGGUGCUGGUAUGUUUUCCUGUUUAGUUAUAACAAGAACUUCUAUUUGUUGAAGUGACAUUUAUUUAUUUGUCCAUUAGCACUUAAAAUUUGGCACUAAGCACUUGCUGAAAACUCUCCUCAGUCUGCUCCCAUGUGUUUCUCCUCAUGGGGAUAUGGGCACCUGCAGUUCAUGUGGGAUGCAGAAUUUCUACCUUCCUUAAAACAGGUUGCAUUGCAUUGUGUAGCUGCCAUUGUUCUAAACUGGGGCAGUCUUGGUCAACCUCAGAGGCAGUUUCUUUACAGUUCAUUACCUUUCAAGGUUUAUACAAGAAGAGCUGGCUGAGCAGUUGCUUCCUUCAGCUACUGCAAGUAAGAGAGGGGUCUGUACUGUUCCAAAGUAUCGAUGCACAUCGAGUGCUGGACGCUUUGGGUCACUUAAGUUGUGAUACAGAAAUUCUAAAAUGGUAAGUCAAAAAGAGAAGAAAGGGCAGGCACCUUUUAUAGCAUUACAAAAAUUCAGUUCAUUGUGAAGUUGUAAGAGUGCAAGUUGGUCUGUUUGCAGUCUAAUCCAUUUUGCAGCUCACUUUUCAUGACAGAAUUUGGGAGCCAUAAGUCAGAGUAAUUUAGUAAGACUUUUUUUGUAUGAGUACUAAAGAUCUUGUUAUCAUAAGCCUCUACUGUGUUUGAAUCCCUUGGCAAAUAGCUGAACAGAUUGCUAGUUAUACAGCAUGCAUCACUUGGAUGGUGUUUAGUCUACACGGUGGUGAAUUCAUUGUCAUGUCAAGGCCAGUUUUUGCACGCCCUUUGUUGUAGCAGGACUUCUGUAUGCACUGAUGAAGCUAAUUGCAAAACAUAACAGAUUUUUUUUGAACUAUGUGUACAUGUUGGUUUCUCUUCAGACCUGUAACUUGAUUUUACAUGAACUGACCAGCUGAAAAAGUAUUCCCCUCUUAAGCUGCUGUCCUAACAGAUUGAGUCACUAAGGAAGAUUCUUCUGUCGAGACCUUCUACUCUCAGGCUGAACAGUCACAUACUGAUGCUUUCCUGCUUAAUGUAUUUUUCAGUAAUUGCUGUUACUGCAUCUCUCUGUGAAGCUGCCUUUUUGUUAUGUCUGGAUCCCAGGCUCACAGGGUGACUGCUGUGAAUGUGAAAAAAACCCUCCAGACUUCAAUUUACUAGAUGGUGUCUGAAAAAUGUCUAUAAAUCAUGUUCAUAUUAAACCACUGUGGAAAUAGUCUUGAAGGUGUCGCUUAUUGUAAUUUAGUAAACUUCAGACUGAUCUAAA